AUGUCCUUUCUGCGCCUUGGCACAGGUCCUUGCGCAGCUCAGUGCAUCGCUGUACCUCUCAGUAACAACAACCCCUACGCCUCCUUCGGAGCCACGCUGGCGCGGGACGAGGAGCAGAACCUGUGGAGCACCCCGCACGACGUGACCCACACAGAGGCGGAUGACGACCGGGUGCUGUACAACAUGAUUGUGGUCAGGAACCAGCUGGACAAGGACUCAGAGGAAUGGCAAAAGCUCAACUAUGAUAUUUAUACUUUACGGCAGACCCGAAAAGAAGUGAGAAACAGGUGGAAACACAUUUUGGAGGAUUUAGGUUUCCAGAAGGAAGCAGACUCCCUCUUGUCGGUGACCAAACUCAGCAUCAUCAGCGACUCCCAGAACAUGGGCAAAGCCCGGGAUAUCCUGUUAAAGCUCUCCGAAGAGACAAACAUCUUCCCGACCAGCUGGGAGCUUUCUGAGCGCUACCUCUUUGUGGUGGAUCGGCUCAUAGCUCUGGACGCUGCGGAUGAGUUCUUCAAGAUGGCCAGCGUGAUGUAUCCGAAGAGACCCAGCGGGGAAAGAGUGGACGAUAGCCAGAAGGCCCCGCAGUGCAUCUCUGUCAUGAUGCCCUGA